AUGCCAUCUAAAUCUAGUGUUUCUGGGAACUCCGUUGAGGAGAGGAUUAGAUCCGAGUUGGGAUUGUCCAAGGAAGUUACUCUAAUUAGAAGGAACGCUCCAGCUGCUGUGUUAUACCAGGAUGCUCUAAAGGAAAAGAAGACGGUGAUCUCCAGCGCAGGUGCCUUGAUCGCUUACUCUGGUGAGAAGACCGGCCGUUCUCCAAAGGACAAGCGUAUCGUUGAAGAAGAAACCUCCCGUGACAACGUGUGGUGGGGACCAGUUAACAAGCCAUGCUCGGAGAGAACCUGGGCCAUUAACCGUGAAAGAGCUGCUGAUUACUUGAGAACCAGAGAGACUUUGUACGUGGUGGAUGCCUUUGCUGGCUGGGAUCCAAAAUACAGAAUCAAAGUGCGUGUUGUCUGCGCAAGAGCUUACCACGCUUUGUUCAUGACCAACAUGCUGAUCAGACCUACAGAAGAAGAAUUGGCCAACUUCGGUGAGCCAGACUUCACUGUAUGGAACGCUGGCCAAUUCCCCGCCAAUGCAAGAACCCAAGAUAUGACCUCAAAGACCACCAUUGAAAUUAACUUCAAGGCCAUGGAAAUGGUCAUCCUAGGUACCGAAUACGCUGGUGAAAUGAAGAAAGGUAUCUUCACAGUUAUGUUCUACUUGAUGCCUGUCCACCACAACGUGCUAACUUUGCACUCUUCUUGUAACCAAGGUAUCAAGAACGGUGACGUUACAUUGUUCUUCGGUCUAUCAGGUACCGGUAAAACUACUUUGUCCGCCGACCCUCACAGAUUGUUGAUCGGUGACGACGAACAUUGUUGGUCCGACGAAGGUGUCUUCAACAUCGAAGGUGGUUGUUACGCUAAGUGUAUUAACUUGUCCAGAGAGAAGGAACCAGAGAUUUUCGAUGCCAUCAGAUUCGGCUCUGUGCUAGAAAACGUCAUUUACGACAGCGAGAGUCAUGAAGUUGACUACGAUGACUCAAGCAUCACCGAAAACACCAGAUGUGCCUACCCAAUUGACUUCAUCCCAUCCGCCAAGAUCCCAUGUCUAGCACCAGCUCAUCCAAAGAACAUCAUUCUAUUGACCUGUGAUGCUUCCGGUGUCUUGCCACCAGUCUCUAAGCUAACCCCAGAACAAGUCAUGUACCACUUCAUCUCCGGUUACACUUCUAAGAUGGCUGGCACUGAACAAGGCGUCACCGAACCAGAACCAACCUUCUCUUCUUGUUUCGGUCAACCAUUCUUGUCUUUGCACCCAAUGAGAUACGCCACAAUGUUGGCUGAAAAGAUGCACGAGCAUAGCGCUAACGCUUGGUUGAUUAACACCGGCUGGACUGGUUCCUCUUACGUUUCCGGCGGUAAGCGUUGUGCUUUGAAAUACACUAGAGCUAUCUUGGAUGCCAUUCACGAUGGCUCCUUGGCUAAGGCUGAAUUCGAAUCCUUACCAAUCUUCAACUUGCAAGUUCCAAAGGCCGUUGAAGGUGUUCCAUCCGAGCUUCUAAACCCAGCCAGAAACUGGUCUGAAGGUGAGGCUAAGUACCAAUCUGCAGUUUCCAAGCUAGCUGGUCUGUUUGUUGAAAACUUCAAGACUUACCAAGACAAGGCCACUUCCGAUGUCUUGGCUGCUGGUCCACAAUUGUAA